AUGGAAAUACAUCAUCACAUCUUCGAGUUGGUCGCUCCGGCCACCGCCCUCGGGGCCAUUUUUGUUCUCCUCUUUGGACCGAUAUUCUUUCCGCGUGCUUACAUUUGGUUCCUGUUGACCUACUUCACGACAUUUCUAUAUAUUUCCAUAAACCAUUUUCUCAAAUUUUGCAUAACCGUCAGAAAUAUAAAGAGGAACAUUCGGGAUUGGAAUGCGAGGCGAGAACAUCAGUCAACAUCCCGGGAUUACACCACGAAAGAGGUUGUGAAAAGCUCGGCGACCAACAACGGAAGGACAACACCGACAAGAAAUGGUUAUACGUCGGUGUCCAUGACCGAUCAAUUCGAUAAUGACAAUAGAAUUAAUGAGAUGGAGAGUGCACUGAAACUUUAUGACGACGGGCAUUACAUUCACGCUUUUGUCAUACCAAAUUACGAGGAACCAGAGCCAUUACUAAGGGACACCAUAAAAAGAUUGGCUCAGCAUAGGAACGCCACCACAACCUAUGUCAUUGUACUGGCGAUGGAAGAAUCCGAGGUUGAUCACGCCACAAAGGCUGCAAGUCUCAAGAGGAAUUUUGAUGGCUCCUUCCUUGACUUCAUAAUCACGGUUCACCCCAAGGAUGUUCCGGGUGAAAGUCGGGGAAAAGGCAGCAAUGUCGCUUACGCAGCUCGGGAGGCAUGCGAUUACCUGGUGCGAAAAAUUGACAGGCGACGUGUAGUGUUUACGAUAACGGAUUCUGAUUCAGCCAUUCCAGAACUCUAUGUUCGUCAUGUAGAAAAGGCGCUGUCGGAAUCAGAGGAUCCUUACAACACGAUAUGUUCGCCACCAAUCUUUUUCUCAAGGAAUGCACUGAAUGUUCCCGCUGCGGUUCGUGUUACGGACAUAAUGUGGUCCAUCAUGGUCAUGCAAAAUCUGAGCAAUCCUCGAGGUUUGGCGUUCCCUUGUUCUACAUACAGCUUGAGUAUGGUCCUCGCCGAACAAGUUGGAUUUUGGGACACCGACAAGGAUGCGGUCGGAGAAGAUUUACACAUGUGGCUGAAAUGUUUCUUCAAAACGGGGGGUCAGGCCAGAUCGGUUCCGAUAUUUGUUCCAAUAAAUCUUACCAAUGUCGAAACGACCAAUUACAUCUCAAACAUUUACGCACGGUUUGUUCAAGCAAAACGUCACUAUAACGGUGUUGCAGAUGUUGCAUACUCUUUGAAAUCUGCCUUCAGCCGGAAUAACCAUUCGCAGGACACCGAGUCACUCCUCAGCUCCUCCCCUACCACUACGACGACGACCACAUAUGCACCUUCAUCCGGAAAGAGACCUUCAUGCCUAAUGUCAUGUUCGUUCAUUGACAAACUCGUUGUUGUAUUCCAUGUGCUUGAAGCUCACAUGAUCCCGGCAACAUCUGGAUGGCUGAUGUUCGCGGCGGUACCCCUGACACAAUUCUUGCUCAUAUCGACAUAUUCACCUAUAUCCGACUAUUAUCCAAAUUUUCAAAAUCCGAUAGUUAAUUCGGACUUUUACGCCUAUAUGUUCUCAUUAGUACAGGCUGUGGGUGUGCUGUUACCGAUGCCUUUACUCCUAUGCGCAAUGAUUUAUGAGGGUUUACACCGAACGAUAGAUGCAGAGUUAUUCAAGAAAGGAAGCAAUGAAACGCGGACAUGGAAGAACUAUACUGACUAUGCGUGGCUACCAGUUAGUGCUUGGUUAUUUAUGACCUUGCCUAGUACCUUGGCUUGUGUGAAGAGACUUACCAGAGGUGAGGAGAAAUAUGUUGUGGCCGAAAAAAUAUUCACAGAGGCUAUUGUUGAAUAG